GUCGUACGGUGUCGCGGGAUCGUCGUCGGUGGUUUUUGCGCGCGCUAAGGAAAGUGGGGAAGAGUGAAUUAGUAGUCGAGUGCGAGUGAGCGAGAGCGAGUGAGCGAACACCGAACGAACGAACGAACGAACGAGCGAGCGAACGGCCGGACGACCUCGAGGCGAUGACGGUCCGAGAAUAAUAAUCGCGCGUUUCUCAACGCUACGCCACAUCCGGGGGGAGAGAUGUAGCUGUCAAACACAGUGUGUGUGUAACAACGUGAAUGCGUCGCUUGUUCCUUCUCACGGAUGUCCUCAGCGGCGAAGGACGACGGAGCGCGAGACGCAUAUCCACGCAUAUCCGAGAUGUGAGCGCAGGACCAACGUCACUUAAUUGACAGCUCUCAACGAGGUCGAUCGGGGGAAUCGCCGGGGAAAAAGGAUCGCUACCGCGGUACAGAGGCCCAGACGCUAUGACGAGAUAACAAAUGCAGAAUGAGAUACAGUAGCGGUAACCUAUUCGGUUAUGCGUGGCUCACGUUCAUCCUCACUCGCCUCAAGGUACACGCGGAAAGCGGAGUCGCUUGCAAAGACCAACAUGGGCGCUCCUACGAAAGUGGCUUCCACUAUAUACCUGGACCUGAGCCCUGCACCUUCUGCAUCUGCGACAAUGGCAACCCAAAAUUGUGUAAAGCUUUCAUCUGCAAGUUCCUCGAGGAGGAUUGCAAAUCCUUUCGUCGGGGCGAUACUUGCUGCGAGUUCAUAUGUUUGGACGACACGUUGUCAUCGAUAUCUAAUGACAAAGCCGACGGCACGGGAACCAACAUAAUAGAUGGAAACGCAAAUUACGAUUUGGGCUUGCGAUCGGUUGCUAGUUUUGUCACAGCGAUAUUAUCAAUGAGUCUGUUAUUCUUUCUGAUACAUCGUCUGCGUCAGCGCAAGAUACAAGUUUGUGUGGCAGGUCGGGAGAACAGACAAAUCGGAGAGGACCAAAGAAACUUAGGCAAUAUGGGAUACCUGGAGAGAGGCGGCUUACUGCACGGAGUCCCCAUGGACGACAUCCCCUGCGGUACCGGUUAUUCGCUAUGGAAACCGCCUGGCAAUUACUUCCCACGCGGGGAGGCGCCCCCGCCGUACGAGGAGGCGGUCGCCGCGGCGAGGGCGGAGCAGGCGUUGCUGUCGAUGAAUCCGCACACGUUGCUGUCGAUGAACUUCUCCGACAGCUAUAUGCCGAGCGGCAACAAUCACACAGGCAUAGCGGUCGUCGCGAACGCCCCGAACGAAUUAACCGUGAGCACGCAGCAGCUGUCGUCCAACGAUAAUCACAUGAGCGCGCCUCUGAUGUCAUCGUCUUCAAGCAGACCGCUCUCCAGCCCCGGUACGUAUGCCAAUUACCGGCCGGUGAGCCAGAGCAGCACCACGUCCACUGGUCUGAACACUAGUACCUCCACCACGAGCUUUACCAUGGGCACCAAUAUGUACGAGAACCUGCCGGUCUCGAUCGGCACGACGAGCUUCAACGACGGCGCCGGGCAACACUCCGCCGCCGGUGGCCACGUAUCCGCGCAGCAGCAAUCGAUGCUGCCGAUAUCGCAUUCUACGAUACCCAAGAGUUACCGUCAGCACACGACAAACUUCUCGCGUCAGAGCGCCGGCGCGUUCACGAUAUCGGCCACUUUGUCGAAUUCCGACGUGUCGUCUUCCCAUCGCACGAUCCCGAGGACGCUGGCCACUCAGCGCGUCGUGACCGGCGGCAGGGCGAAGGACCUUUCGACCGACUGCUCCGCCAAGGAUUACUUCCGCCUGUCACCGGGCAGCAUCGCGCCGCAGAGCCUUUCGCACUCCGUACAACUGUCGCCCGCGGCCGUCCCGGCUAAUUACAAGGAUACCAAGAACUCGGACGUGUUCUACGCGGACGCUCCGUUACCAUCGGCGUCCGGUCUGCCGGCACAGUCUUCCGAUUGCGUCUCCGAAUAUACGGCGCACACGACUGACAUCUCCGAGAAGAGUCGCGAGUUCAAGCCUUCGCUGAGCGCAGCUAACGAGAUGAAUGCGAGCGGCAGUUUCGAAUCGGUAACGUGUACUUGCAGUAUGCAAGCAUUGCCGACUCUGCACGAUGACACAGAUGAUUAUCGGAGUGAGUGCGAAAACUGUAAGAGUGCGACGGGUUCUCGUUAUUAUUUAGAUAAUGAGGACGAACUAGUUACGUCUCUUCACGAAACCAUGACACUGCACAGAAGACCAGACGAUGCAGCAUCAAGUGCCACGCCACAAUAUUAUAGAACUUCACUUACACUGCCGACGAGUACACGUCAACGUACAAGGAUUACCGGGGCUCGUGAAAAUUGGUUCAGCACUAUGCCGGAAAGUUCCAGCGGAUCUUCCGACGAGAACUAAGUAUUACAAAAAUAGCGGACAAUGUUUAAGCGCGCAAAUAAAAUGAAUACACAUAUAGUAUCUAUAUGUUAUAUACAUAAGUAUUAAAACUAUCUAUACAGAGUGUCCCAGAAUUACCGCGCUCCUCCUCUCACAGAUACGAUCAUUGCUCGAGUGUCGAUGCAUUGAUAAUUUUCGCAUCGUAUCAAAGAAAGAUCAUGGUGGAAAAAAAUUCAAAAAGAGAGAGAAAGAGAGAGAGAGAGAGAGAGAGAAUCGGUGUAAAAAAUUUGACACAACAAUGCGUGGAGGAAACUCCCUAAUUUUCGCGAAUUUUUCCAUUUAUUCGGUGCGGCGACAGCCUGAGUCUUCCAGAAUAUUUAGCUUCUCUACUCUCCAUGUGGCAUCAACGUUCAAGAGAAACUGCCAAUCUUUUGGGACAUCCUCUAUAGCGAUUGUCGUAAUUAACACCAUUAUUAUCAUUGUCAUCAGCGUGAACAUUACCAUUAGAAUAUCAUACCAUCGUCAGCGUUAUCAUCGUUAUAAUCGACAUCAUAAACAUUACCAUUUCUAUCGUCAUCAUUAGGUAAUGAAAGUUUGUUAGAAUUCAUGAUGAACUUUCCGAACCUGAAAUGCGUUAAAACAGUUUAACUGUGCUUGUGACGCGAAUAGCAGAGCAGGGGGCAGAUGUUCAUAUUACGCUAUAAACAACAAGGCAAUAUAUAUUGUUUAUCGUACCGUUUAUCAUUGCCACAUAUAAUUCUGCUUGGUAAGGUGUCCGAUGCUUAUAUUCUUCAUCCACUAACUUGACAUCCGGACAAUUCUCGAAACAAUUGGAAAGUUUCCGACACAUCGCCAGCAAGUGAAACGUCGGCUCCCAUUGAGACAAUGAUCUUUACGUGAUAACGGAAGAUGACUACCGUCGUCUGUGUUUGUGUCGCAUAGCGACGAUAAAUAGAUAGAUAAAUAGAUAGAUAUAGAAGUAGAUAGAUAGAUAGAUGAAUGUUUAUUCUACUCUGGGGUGGAACCCCGUAGGGCACAAAGUAAAAAAGAGAAGGAAUACAAAAUCUACUUAAAUAUUAAAGAAAGAAGAGAGGCAGGGGGAAAUGUGCAGCGGUAAAACGAUGAGCAAUGCGUGACAGAAACAUAAGUACUGACACAAUAUUACUACGUAAUUAUCUUGAAACUUGCCAGAAAAGUAAAGAAACGAAAGGCAAGAAUAAAAAGAAAAAAAAAUGCAAAUCAAAGAUACGAAUUAUUGUAUGAUAAGCUAAGGGCGAUUCUUACAAACGUAGAACUUUGUUCUCUCGUAUAGCUAAGAAAAAGAAAGAAAAAAUAUUGAGUGAGAAAUUAAUAUCACCGAGUGAAAAGUUUCAGACGGAGAAAACGAUGACUGUAGAAAAUUC